CUUGUCACUGGAGGUACUGGAGGCAUUGGUUUCGAAGUCGCACGUUGCAUGGCCCUUGCGAACGCCAGGGUGCUCGUCAUGUCUCGCAAGGAAGAAAACGGUGACGAAGCUGUCAGAAAGAUCAAGGAAUCUUCCAAUGACGCUGACACUGUCCCCGAUAUUACCUUCAUCCAGUGCGACUUGGGUGAUCUCAAGAUGGUGAAGCAGGUGGCGGACAAGCUAUCCAACGACGAAGGUCGCAUGGAUCUUGUCAUCUGUGAUGCUGGCGUCGGUGUCAAUACUUACGGCGAGAGUGUCGAAGGCCUGGAUAGACACAUGAUAGUCAACCACCUCGGCCAUUUUCUUCUUAUCAACCGUCUCCUGCCACUUAUUCGCACGACCUCCAAGAUCCCUGACACCCCUCGUCCUCGUAUCGUCAGUGUCUCUUCCGAGCUCCACCGUGCCGCUCCCUCUAGCGCGCAGUUCACCUCCGUCGACGAGCUGAAGGACUCGUCUAUUAGCAGCGUUGGCCUCUACGGUCGAUCGAAGCUGGCGAAUAUCCUCUUCACCAAGUAUGGCUUGGAAGAUAGAGUCUUCCGCCACAACAAAGAUCGCAUCAUCGCCGUCGCCACUCAUCCCGGUGCCGUUCAUACUGGUCAGCAAGAUCAGUUCAAGGAAGCGUACGGCGCCGUCUUCGGUACCGUCCUCAAAUAUUCCGUUGUCCCUUUCAUGCGCGCACCGGAUCAGGGCAGUCUCAGUACCCUAUGGGCGGCAACGAGUGAGGAUAUCGAGUCGCACAACUAUGAGGGCAAGUACUUCACGGAUCCCGGAGUCAUUGGGUCAGAGAGCAAGCAGGCCUGCAACCCCGAGCUUGGGCGCAACUUGUGGAAGCUGAGCGAGGAGAUCAUCAAGGAUAGGGUCGGGCCGGACGCACUUCUGUCCUGGGAUGCCGAGAAGACGGUCGAAGAGACGAAGUAGGUAACUGGGACGUGGAUUUCCAAAGUCUUAUUCCCUUCCGCGAUGUUGGUAUCUUGUAGUCCGCUGUCAAGCACAAUUGGCAUUGAGCCAAGUUUCGGUCAUUUAGUGGGAGAUACCCUUCGUCAACGAUGAGAUUGGUCCAGAGUGUAGCUACUACAGUGGAUCGGUGUUACAUCACAUGUGGGUUGCGCAGAACUUCCGAGAAAGAGCCUGAGAGUGUUGUAUUGUCUAGAAGUAAAUAGAGUUUGAGAGACUGACAUGCUGGUCUUCGUCCACCACGUCAAGGUUUAAGUUUGCCGAGAGGCGUUCUCGAGCGGUCGAACGCGGUUGCCUGGAGAAAGUCAUCCGAUAGGUGCCAGGGUUUCCCCUCCAAGCGGGCGAGCUCCAGCGACUUGUAAUAGUCUUCCAAGCACAUGGUGUCGAUAUCCUGGAAGGUGAUACUGGGGUAGACCUCGCCCUCGGCCCAGGGCAGGCUCACAUGCUGUGGCUCACCAACAGUUUGAUUGGCUCGACCAUGACGCGGACGCGUCUGAUUCGCCGGCACGCGUGAUUUCCACCACGCUAGAAGUACAGCACUUAUUUCUUCAGGCGUUGGCUCACGUGCCUUCGACCCAUGCACAUUUCUGUGAUGGUCC